AUGGUUCUUCUGUGGCCUGACGCCGACCAGACCAAACUUCUGCUUGGAAACGAAGAUGAACGCAUGAUGGAGCAUGAGGGAACAUUGGAGACGGAGCCCGGCCACGCGAUCAACUUAAGCACUUCUACGUCUUCAAGUGUGGCGCCUUCGUCCCCACCUUGCUCUCAAACCAACUUGAUGGGAGGUGACAGUUCUCCACACACCACUGACCUCUCUGGAAGACAAAGUCCCCUGGCCAUCAAAGCCUGGUCUCCGACGAGUGCGGCCGACACAGCCGAAAAGUCGGCAGUUCUCUCAUCUCUGAUUCAGAGCGCCGGAGGUCAACUGGACGGCAUCAACGGACUCUCAAUGAAGAGACCAAUUUCCCCUCAGAGUUUACUCAUGAACACAUUGGCCCAACAGCAGCAAGUGCGGCAGCUCGUCGAAAACCUGAACCUGAACCCCCAGCAGAUAAACCACUUGUUCCAACAGCAAUCACUGCAGCUGCUGCAACAACAGCAACAGGUGAGUCACACUCAGCAACAGUUCCAGGAGCAGUUGCAGCUGAAUGUCAUGCAACAAACACAGGUGUUUCAACAGUUGCAACAGUUGCAGCAGCAGUGCAACAAGAGCCAUGGUAGAGAUGGGAGCGAACGCGAACGAAUACUCCAGGUUCAGCAACAACACUUGGCCGAGCAACAGCAGCAGCUCAUUCAGCAGCUGCAAAUGUCGCACAGAGGAUACUUGUUCAACGUGCCUGGUCUGAUGAACUUCAACCACCAGUCGGAGCAGCAGCAGCAGCAGGAUCGAGAACAGAGAGACAUGUUAGGAAGCGAACGGGAACGGGACACAAAUCGGAGAAGUCCGUCAAACGUGAACACGACAGCAGCAGUCAAUGGAUCCGGCCAUUCUACCAAUGUUCAGCAAUCGGAUCAUCGAACGUCUCGCGAAACGCAUCGCGGUAGUCAGCUAGCAGCAGCGAAUGCGAAUGGCGUUAGUUCAGCUGUUCAACUUCAGAACAGCUCCAGUGGAGGAGCGGCAACACCGCAGGCUCAAUCUCAGCAGCAGCACUCCCUCAACAGCGGUGCUGUGUUACCAAAUAGCAACAACAAUAUCAGCAACAACAACAGCAACAACAAUCAGUCGGUUACGCUAGACGGCGUAGGAGGUAAUGGCGGCAACAACAACGGUGUUGGUGGUUCGACCAACACCGCGGGUUCGGCCUCAACGUCCACGUCGUCCCCGUACCAUUCACAAACACAGACGCAGUCAGGGAAGGAGGAGAAGUCUUCCAGUGCCAGUAACCCCGUGAGUACCGUGAGCAGUCUGAGUAGCCUGAGCAUGAGCCUCAACAACAGCCACAGCAACAACAACAACAACGGCCUCAGCAACAACUCGCGGUCGGGUACGCCCGCGGUCCUAAGUCACCAUUCCCUAUAUGGGCACGGUGUUUGCAAGUGGCCAGGAUGCGAAGCGGAAUGCGCAGAUCUCGGAGCCUUCAGUAAGCACCUAAACCUCGAACAUCAACUCGACGACCGUUCAACGGCGCAAGCUCGCGUUCAAAUGCAGGUCGUCAGCCAGCUCGAGCUGCAGCUCGAGAAAGAGAAGAACCGACUCGAGGCAAUGAUGGCUCACCUGCAUUUGGGUGGGGCGCAAUCAAAUUCGUCAGCGGCGGCGGCGGCAACGGCAGCCUCGUUGUUGUCGUCGCCGUCGUUGUUGGCGUUGACGUCAUCGCAAUCAUCAUCAUCGCACGCCGCGACGUCAAUCAACAAGAAUAACGGUUCCUCGGUGAUGGCAGGCGGCAGUAGCGCGAACGUCAACAGCGCCAACAACUGCCUCGCCUCGGCAGCUGCGGCAGCAGCGGCAGCGAAAGCCCUACAAUCGACCCAGGAUUUGCUGCGGUGCGGAAAUGAGUCCAAGCCAGCCAUAUCUUCUCCGCAGACCCCCAACCCCGUGUCUCCUUCACCACCCCCUUCCUUGAAUCCCAACCUACUCCGCUUCCCCCAAAUCCCAAAUCCUCAUUCCUUGCCUCCACCGUCGGUCAAGAACAGUCGCCGUCUCAGUGACAAAGGCUCUCUGUCGAUGGUGGCCUACAACGACCCACAGAACUUCCCCGAUUCCCCGAUGCGAAGAAGGGUCGCGGAGAGAGCUAACUUGGAUAUCACUGAAGAAAUCCAACGCAAUCGCGAAUUCUACAAAUCAUCUGACGUACGACCUCCGUUCACGUACGCCUCUCUGAUCAGGCAGGCGAUCAUGGAAUCGCCCGAUAAGCAGCUCACUCUCAACGAGAUUUAUAACUGGUUCCAGAAUACGUUCUGCUACUUCCGUCGGAAUGCUGCGACUUGGAAGAAUGCGAACGCCAUUCGUACGAAUCUUUCGCUGCACAAAUGCUUCGUCCGCUUCGAGGACGAUUUCGGUUCCUUCUGGAUGGUAGACGAUAAUGAAUUUGUCAAGCGGCGUCACCUGAAUCGUGGUCGACCGAAACGCUUCGGUCCCCAACAAUCGGAUUCGAUCGUUCAGUCCGAGGGAGCUCUUGAAGGUGGCGAUGAGCAUCAGAUGUCCCCUGGAAGUACACCUCUCAGGGGCGGCCUCUCCUCGAGACAAGUUCGAAGUCCUACACUGACGAAUAGCCUUUACGGCGACCACCUCAGCUCCCUUCAUGCCGCUUUGGCCGAGAGUAACCUAUCGUUCCUAUCGGCGGCUAUGCAGGCCGGUGCGCCACCUUCCAUGGCGAGCUCACCCCUGCUAAUGACGCCUACCUCAACGGCUUUGUCAAUGAGCGACGCCGAGCGCAUAAUGAUGUCCGUGAUGGAGCUCGGCCGCCAUGACCCUGCCUUGGUUAAAAACGGUCCUAGCCCUGUGAGCCUCGUCCAGCAGGCAAAUGGUACCUCGAAUAACCAUUCGGAAAAGCAAAACAUCAAGCAGGAACCCAUGGAAUGUUCCGUCGGGGGCCCAGAUAGUCCCCCUGCCUCGGGAAGCGAUCCCCGCUCACCCAGGUCCCCACGGUCCCCCUUACCGAUGAUGACAGAACCAUCGUCUGACAACGAGAUGAGAGAAGACGAUGAUGCUCCUCCCCUACAACUGAAGAGAGAAUUCCAUGAAAGCCCUACGGCCUCAGCGGAAGCCGAGGAUCUGUCGCUAUCAUCGGAGCCGGCGAACAUUUCGUGA